UAUGUUUUAUAUGCCACUGAAAAUGAAAUUUAGAUACCAAAAUUUUGCUGCAUGUGCAGUACUGGUACUUGUGAUGGUAAUGGCUGAAAUUGCACAAAUUUGUGCAAAUUCAAGUAAUACUCUGCACUCUCCAUGUCUUGAAAGAGAGAGGCAAGCUCUUGUGAAGUUCAAAGCAUCCCUGAAUGAUUCAUCAAACCUGCUUUCCUCCUGGCAUGGCCAUGACUGCUGCCGAUGGAAAGGGAUCGGCUGCGACAAUGUUACCGCUCACGUUGUCAUGCUUGAUCUUACCACUCCUUAUGUGAAAUGCUUGAGAUCCAUGAGUGGCGACUACGAUUAUGGCCGUUUACACAAUCGAUAUUUAGAAGCUGUGAAUGUUGUUUAUUCAUCGCUGCUGGAAUCCAUGAGGCACGACUACGACUGUGGCCUUUUAUACAAUAAAUAUCUAAAAGCUGGGAAUGUUAAUUCGUCCCUACUGGAACUGGAAUACUUGACUCAUUUGGACUUGAGUGGAAAUCACUUCUAUCAGAGUCCCAUACCGAUGUUCAUUGGUUCUAUGCAACACCUCAGGUAUUUGUCCCUCUCUUAUGCUGGUUUUGGCGGGAGAAUACCCAACAAUCUUGGAAAUCUCACCGACCUCCACUUUCUUGAUCUGAGUUGGAAUGAAUUUUCACCAAACAGCAACAUCAAUUGGAUUUCUCAAUUGCCAUUGCUGGAACACCUUGAUAUAAGCUCUAUUUACACUUGGUUUCAGGUUAAUAUUAUUAAUCUCACCGUCAGUGCUCCUAAACUUCAAUUCCUAAGUCUUGCCAACAAUGGACUUAAUGUGCCAAAUUUGGAUGCUUUUCAAAACAUGACAUCUCUUGUGCAUCUUGGUCUUGGUGGGAACAAUCUAUCAUCACUUUCAUCUUGGUAUGGCAACUUCAAGAAACUUGAGUAUCUUGAUCUUUCAAGCUGUGUGCUUCAUGGUCCAAUUCCAAAUGCUUUCCAAAAUGCAACUUCCAUUGAAUUUUUAGACCUUUCUGAGAAUAAUUUUGACUCUCUUCCAUCCUGGUUUCACAAGUUUGAGAAACUCAAGCAUCUUUAUCUUUCAUCUAAUAACUUCCAGGGUCCAAUUCCAAAUGUUUUACAAAAUAUGACUAUCAUUGAGUCCCUUGACUUUUCUCACAAUUCUUUCACUUCAGUUCCAUCUUGGUUUGUUGAGUUAAGGACACUUGUCUACCUAGAUCUUUCAAGUAAUAAAUUAACAUCCAUGAAAUGUUCCAUUUCAUCCAUUUUGAAAAAUAAUUGUCACCUAUAUAGGUUUGAUUUAUCAAAAAAUAGACUCCAAAAAGAAUCCAUUGGAAACAAUGAUUUGUCUACAUGCAUUAGACAUGAUUUGGAGAAUCUAGACUUGAGUGGAAAUAGAUUUAAUGAUCAUUUGCCAUCUUGGUUAGGACAACUUGAAAAUCUAGUCUUCCUUUUUCUCCAAGAUAAUUUUUUCUGUGGUCCCAUUCCAUCUUCUUUUGGAAAAUUACUGAAUUUGAAAAUGUUAUAUUUACCCAACAACAAGUUAGAAGGAGACAUUCCUGAUUUCAUGGGACAACUUGUAAAUUUACAAGUCGUGGAUCUUUCGAAAAAUUCAUUUAACGGAACAAUUACUCAAAAUCUUGAGCAACUUGUAAAUUUACAAUUUCUUGAUGUCUCAAAUAAUUAUCUAACGGGAUCCAUUCCUUCGAGUCUUGGUCAACUUGUAAAUCUAAUUAGCCUUGAUUUUUCAAAUAACCAUUUAGAAGGAACCAUUCCUACAAGUCUUAAUCAACUUUUAAAAUUAAAUAACCUUGACCUUUCAAGGAAUAAACUAGAUGGUAGAAUUUGUAUUGACUUUCAAAAACUUGUGAAUCUAUCAUACUUGGAUCUAUCUUCAAACAAUUUGGACGGAACCAUUACAGUGGAAGAAAGUAGGCCUUUGGUUAUCUCAGAUAUGGUGUAUUUGAAUCUUUCCCAUAAUCAACUCAGUGGCUCACUUCCUGAAGAUAUUGGUCAUAUAAUGCCCAAUUUGUGGAACUUGCUACUAGGAAAUAACCUCAUAAAUGGUUCAAUUCCAAAAUCAUUGUGCCAAGUUGAUGAUUUGAGUAUCCUUGACCUUUCAAAGAACAGACUAUCUGGUAAAAUCCCCAAUUGUUGGAAGGAUAACGGAGAAUGGGAAGAAAUAAAUUUGUCAUCCAACAAACUCACAGGUACUUUUCCAAGCUCAUUUGGGAAUCUUUCCUCUUUGUCAUGGUUGCAUUUGAACAAUAACAGCCUUCAUGGAGAGUUUCUAGCGUCUGUGAGAAAUUUGACGCAAUUGUUGAUCAUGGAUCUCGGAGAGAAUCAACUUUCUGGCAUCAUCCCGUCAUGGAGUGCUAAUACAUUUUCUUCACUACAAAUUCUAAGAUUGCGGCAAAACAUGUUGAAUGGUAGCAUUCCUUCACAGAUAUGUGAACUAUCAUCACUUAAAAUCUUGGACCUUUCUCGCAACAAUUUAGAUGGUUCAAUACCUCGGUGCAUAGGCAAUCUUCGAGGAAUGACUCUUGAGGCUCCCACUUUGUCUCCUCCUUCACCUGUUGCUGAAGGUCCCACUUUGCCUCUUGAUUUACAUGAUGCUGAAGAAUCUUCUCAGGGAUAUUCUCCUGUAAAAGAUUGGAAGGCUGAGGAAGUCAAAGAAGUCGUGAAAGGAAGAGAACUUGACUACAUAAGAAUCUUGAAGCUUGUAGUCAUCAUGGAUUUGUCCGAGAAUAAUUUAGUUGGCUCCAUUCCAAAAGGAAUAACUUCGCUCGUUGGAUUGCAUAGCUUGAAUCUAUCAAACAAUAAUUUGAUCGGAAAGAUCCCUAACUUGAUAGGGGAUAUGAGGUCACUUGAAUCCUUUGAUGUUUCAACUAACCAACUCUCAGGCACAAUUCCAAGCGGCAUGUCAGCUUUAACAUCACUCGGUCAGUUAAACUUGUCACACAAUAACUUCUCUGGACCAAUUCCCACAGGUAACCAGUUUUUUACUUUUGAUUCAUGGAGUUAUGCUGGCAACCCAUAUCUUUGUGGAUCUCCUCUACCCAACAAAUGUGGUUAUUUGCAUGAAGAUCAUGGGAGCAGCGAUUUUGAGGAUGAAGAAAGCAAGUUAGAUAAGUUGGAAAAGUGGUUGUUUUACUUUGUCAUUGCAAUUGGCUUUGCAACUGGGUUUUGGGGAUUUAUUGGGACUUUGUGGUUCAAGAAAACUUGGAGGCAUGCUUACUUCAGAUGGGUGGAAGAUUUAGCCGACAUUAUCCAUGUCACAACUGCAAUAAGGAUGGCAAAAUUGAAGAAGUGGAUGAUGAUGAGAAACCGUGUUGUUGUUUGAUCAUGUGUUCAUGUGUGUGUUUUUACAAUAGAGCUAAUUAUAUUGUAAAAACAAGAGACAAUAUUUACAAUAGAGAUUGUCCAUAAUAGAAUUUCAGUUUUACAAAAUAAGUGUUACAUAUUUACUAAAUUACUUGGUUUAAGAGCUCUUGAAGUUCUAAUGGAUUGCUUAACCAUUGGCUCUAUAAAUAUGAGCA